AUGGUGUUCAACCAUACAGAUUUCUAUGAUACCCAUCUUGUAUCUGCAGCUUUAAAAACAAAUGCAUUUUCCAAUAUAAAUAAUUGCUCUAGCUCUGUGAGUAUAUUCAUUUUCUUGGGUUUCCCUUAUACCUGGGAAAUUCAGGUUCUCCUCUUUUCAGUCUUCUCUGGGACUUAUAUUCUGACUGUAACUGGGAAUCUGUGCAUUAUAUGUGCUGUGAGGUGGGACCGUCGACUGCAAACUCCAAUGUACAUUCUGCUGGCUAAUUUUUCCUUCCUGGAGAUCUGGUUUAUCACCUCCACUGUCCCUAAUAUGCUGGCCAACUUGCUUUCUGAGACCAGCACCAUCUCUUUCUAUGGCUGCUUCCUCCAGUUCUACUUCUUCUUCUCCAUGGGUACCACUGAGACUUUCUUCUUGUCUGCCAUGGCCUUUGACAGGUACCUUGCUAUCUGCAGGCCCCUGCACUAUCCCACUGUCAUGACUGUUCAGCGCUGCAUCAGAAUAGGAGCUGGAUGCUGGGUGUGUGGUUUCCUAUACUUCCUUUUGCCUAUUUACCUCAUCUCUCAACUCCCAUUUUGUUGUUCCAAUAAGAUCGAUCACUUCCUUUGUGACCCAGGACCUCUUAUAAAGCUGUCCUGUGUGCCAGCUCCAGCAACUGAGAUCACCUGUGCCAUCUAUAACUCAGUCCUCAUUUUCUCUACCUUAUUCUUCAUUACCAACUCCUAUACCUUGGUGAUCAGAGCUGUGCUGAGAGUCCCUUCAGGAGAAGGGCGGCAUAAGGCCUUCUCCACGUGUGGCUCCCAUCUGGCCAUAGUGUCCCUAUUCUAUGGCUCUAUCAUGGUUGUAUAUGUAAGCCCAACAUCAGGCAAUCCAACUGGAAUGCAGAAAUAUGUGACUUUGUUUUAUUCUGUGUUAACUCCACUUUUCAACCCUUUGAUCUAUAGUCUUCGAAAUAAAGAGAUGAAGGCAGCUCUGAGAAAGUUAUUUAAAAUUGUGAGAUUUAGUUAG